AGUCUAGGCAGUCGAACAAGUUAAGAAUUCUCCCGUUUUCAUGUUUAUAUUGUCAAAAUCGGGUUACAAAAAGUACACACAAUUGCGGUAUGUCGAUUGGCCGACCGCUGGAAUUGGAAGACAGUUCAAUUUACUUCUCCGACGCUGCCGACAACGACGCCUUCCGGGAUAUCGCCGCCGAGCAACGCCGCGAAUUGAUGGCAGCGAAGGCUGUGGACUCCGACCUUGACUUAGCAUUUAAUAUUCAACUCCAAGAAGCCAUCAAUGCAUCUCUUUCUCUAAACCAGAACCAACCCUCUUCCUCCACUUCCUCGGACUCUCCUCCCCAACCCCAGUCGAAUUCCCGUCAGUUAGACGAGGACUUCUCGAAUUUCACUGACCUCCAGUCUGGUGAGCUUCUAAAACUCGAGCAGGAACUUAAUGACCAUAUAAUCUCCGAAGCGGAAUUUAAUAAAUUGAAGAGUGAUCUCCACCGCAUGAUCCAUGACCAUCGUGUAGCUUUUGAAAUCUCGAGAAUGUCAGACGACGAGUGGGAGGAAUGGGGGGACAAUUUUGAGCAGCCCUUUGGCGAGGGCACUUCCAAAGGUGUGAAUAACGAGAUUUUUAGGAUUUAUUUUAAGGGCUUACUGGAGGACUUGCCAAACGGCACUGUUCUGGGCGGGAUUGGUGUAGCAAUAUGUGAUUCUAGGGACAACUUAUUGUUCGAAUUGCGAAAGCCAUUGGUCGGAAAUGGGACGAGCAGGCGGUGCGCGGAAAUCAGGGCUUUGAUCGAGGGUCUCAACGCCGCACUGGAGCUAGAUUUGGAAAGGGUCGUUCUUUAUUGCGACUACUUUCCGGUUUUCCAAUUUAUUACAGGCAAAUGGCCAGCAAAACAGCCGAAGGUUUCUGCUCUAGUGAAUCAAGUUUAUCACCUUCGCAAAAAGCUUACAUACUGCCAGCCAUCUCUUGUGGCUCGAAAUGACAUUAAGUUUGCAUUUAAGCUCGCAAGACAAGCUAUAGUGUCUCAGAUGAACAAGCCUGCAGAAUGUAAUGGUUCUAGGAAUUCACAGGAGACUUGUGUGAUUUGUUUAGAGGACACAAAUAUUGAUGAAAUCUUCUCAAUCGACGAUUGUAUGCACCGUUAUUGCUUUUCUUGCAUGAAACAACACGUAGAAGUGAAGUUACUCCACGGGAUGCUGCCUAAAUGCCCGCAUGAAGGCUGCAAUAUUGAACUGAAAAUUGAUACAUGUAGCAAAUUUUUGACGCCUAGAUUGACUGAAAUUUGGAAUCAACGCAUUAUCACCAGGAAACUUGUCUCUCUGAUUCCACUCUGCAUGUCAUUUUUGUGCUCUGCUUUAUGCCCAUUGAAAACUUCUGAGCUCUGUUUUAGACUUGGUGUUUCUGGACCUUUUGGAAAAUAUGUUACUGUUCGUCAUUGUUCCAUUGGCAUUAUGAUUAAGCUCGAGCUCUUCUCGAAGAUGCCCAAUCCAGAUAAAAAAGAUGUGGUCAUGAAUUUUGCUAUACUUGUGGAGCUGAGUGGAAAAACAAGGAAGCUACUUCCUUCUCUUCCUUCUCUCUCGACGACGGCUUCUCUCUCAAACACUGCAACCAACAAUGAAGGAGAUGUGCCAAUGUCGGCACAGGCGUGGAGAGGCGACCCUGCAGUGGUGGUGGUGGCAGUCAACGAUGGUGAUGUGUGUAUUCGAGCUAGCGGUGGCGACUUUAUAGUGGAUCUAGUGUUACUGAAGAAUUUUUUUGGCGCCGGAAUGGAAGUGAACGAAGACAUCUCCACCCUGCUGGAUGCGCAACGCCGUGAAGUUGCGGCGGCGCAAAACCUUGAGUCUGACCUCUCCUACGCCUUCCAACUUCAACUCCAAGAAGCUCUCACCGCAUCCCUCCCGGUCGACGCUGCUUCGUCCUCAAACCCAAUAACUAUAUCAGACGAAGUUGUUUCCGAACCUAGUUACCUGGAAACCCUUGAAGAUGAACUUUUGACGUUUGAGCGGGAACUUCUCGAUUAUUACGAAGCCGAGGAGGUAAUGAAGCGAUUCAAACUCGACCUAGACCGUCAGGUCCACGAUCAUGCUUUUGCCUGUGAAAUUUCGAAUAUUCCGGAGGAGGAGUGGAUAAAAACGGGGGGUAAUUUAGAGAGGCCGUAUGGAGGAGGCUCGACGACUUCAAAUGGUCAGGAUUUUAACUUUAGGGUUUAUAUCAAGGGUUUGGUUGAUAAGAUGGUGGGUGGGAUUGGAGUGGCUAUAUGCGAUGGAAAUGAUGGCUUGGUAUUUGAGGUGAGCAAGGGUUUAAUUGGGAAUGACCGCGAAUUAAACGCUAUGGUAGUUGAAGUGAAAGCACUAAUUGAAGGGCUUGAAGUUGCUACGAUGCUGGGUUUGAAGAGACUUUCAAUUGUUUGUGAUAGUGCUUUGCUGCAUCAAUUCAUAACAGGGAAAAACCACCAAAUGCAGGCAAAUGUUGCAUCAUUGGCUUCUCAGAUGAACCUUCUUCUGAGAGAAUUCACUUAUUAUGAAGCAACUAUUGUGGCACACAAGGAUAUUAAGUUUGCAUUUGAGCUUGCAAGGAAAGCAAUAGCCUCCCAGGUCAAUCAAUCUGCAGGAAAUAACAAUGGGAAGAAAAGGAUUGAGACUUGUGCAAUUUGCUUGGAAGAUAUAUUUGCAGAUGAAAUGUUCUUAAUUAGGGAUUGUCUCCACAGCUACUGCUUUUCUUGUUUGUCCAAACACGUCCAAUCUAAAUUGCUUCAGGGAAUGCUACCUAAAUGCCCAUAUGAGAAAUGCCAGUCUGAGCUGAAACUUGAAAGCUGCAAAACAUUUUUGACUCCUGAGUUAUUUGAUAUUAUGAGCACACGUGUGAAGGAAGCAUCCAUUCCUGUGGCAGAGAAGAUUUACUGCCCAUAUCCUAUGUGUUCUACUUUAUUUUCAAAAGCUGAGCUUCAAGGAUAUACAGUCGGUGUUAUUGAAGGAUUGGCUGCCAGAAAAUGCCCAAAAUGCCUUGGCAUUUUCUGUAUCAAUUGCAAAGUCCCCUGGCAUAGUAAUAUGAGUUGCGUUGCCUAUGAAAGAUUGAACCCCGAUCCCUCUGGUGAAGAUCAGAAACUAAAAUCUUUGGCUACUAGGAAUCUCUGGCGUCAGUGUCCGAAAUGCAGUCAUAUGGUUUCACUUGCUGAGGGUUGCUACCACAUUUAUUGCAGAUGUGGACACGAGUUUUGCUACACGUGCGGAGCUGAAUGGAGAAACAAGAGGGCCACCUGCCGGUGUCCUAUCUGGGACGAACGCAACAUUGUGUACGAUCGUUGAAAUGGAAACAGUAGGAGAAAUUCCAUUUCAAUAUAAAGCAUAUCGCCAUUAGUCUUAUUAUAGUAACUAGUGGAGUAAGUAGCAAUGGUUUAAACAAGUUUAAAGAGAGAGAGAGAGAGAGAGAGUUCACAAGUAAAACUGGUGAGUUCUUCGACUUGGGAAAAGCUAAAAUCUUACAUGCAAGUCUCUCUUGGGUAUAUUUAAGUACUGUUCAGGCUUAUCCUAUAAUUGUUGGAUGUAUGAAGGGUAUGUUGGCUUUUGCGGUACUUGACGAGUGACAAGUUCUAGAACGAAUGAAAUGUUAAUCGGUUUCUAAAUUUCAGCAUGUUUACUAAGAAAAAAAAUAUAAUGUAAAUUUAAAUUUAUCUUUAAAGUGAA